AUGAUUAUGUUGUCAGACGACGAGCUCCGCGAAGAACUCGGGAAGUAUAUGGAAUCUGUCCCACCUGUUACAGGCUCCACUCGAGAAGUACUCAGAGCUAAACUUGCGAAAUUUCAGUCAUCAAAGUCUGAAGACGCUGCGUCCAAAAGAAGUCGUACAGUCGUAGCCACAACCGAGACUACCGAAGUUCUGGAACCCGUGUCGCCGCCAGAGCUAGAAAAGUCGCCAAGUCCGCAAAAAAGCACCGUUGGCGGUGCUGGUGGUGACAAACCAUUACCUCCUCAGUCCCCCGUCAGUCCCAAUUCCUUUGUCUACGAGGACAGCAGUUUCCGCGUGCGUCGCUUCCCGCAGACCGACUUGCCGGACUACCCUGGAGGUAUCCCCGUGUUCCGCCGUCGAUCCCUCCAUCCCUCGGGCAAGGACGACUCCCUUCCCGACCCCUACGAAGAGUUCUACAUUCGUUCGCCUCGUCUGCAAGCGAAAAUCGAUGCUCAGCGCAUCAUGUCAAAGGUGAUGUCAAGCACAGAAAAAAUGCGACACAGACAUACGUCCUACGCCUACAGUCGUGCUUCAAGCAAAAGAGCGUCGUGGUUCCGAAAGCCCGACUUGCGCGGGUAUUUCGAUCUUCUCACCCGCGCACUUUCUGGAUUAUUCAGUUUGCUUCUGGUGCCUUUCACAGCUCUUCGUGUUGGGACAUCUCGAAUCUGCGCGUCCAUUGGCUGCAGGAAUCUGUUGCUUCUGUUCCUGCUCUUCCUCUUCGUGGGUGUCGGACUGUUCCUCCUGUUCUCCGACCCAUUCUACCGCAACCCCGUGGCCGAGUUUGCUGAACGCAUCUCUGAACCACUGGCGUCUCUUUUGCAGAAAAGCGAUGACUAA